CGGAAGAUAUCCCCCAAAUGCCACACAUGGAAGAGGUAGACGUUAUCCCAAAAACCAACAUCACGGUACAACUGCCCGCCAAACGCACCAAGCUAUGACAGCUGGCAAGAUUCGAUCACCUUCCAUAACUCAACGGACAUUCACAUUGAUGUCACCCACACGCACGUGCGCAAGUUUCCUUGACUUUCCCUUACAUUCUAAAAUAAAAACAAAAGUUAUUCCUACACAAACACACACCAGCAGAAACCAUCCUGCAUGCGAGAAACCAAAAUGCAAAAAAGAACCACGGUUUCGACACCAACGAAACCACUCAGCCUCAUUCCACACAGAGAGAGGCUGGAGCAGUCAAAGGAACAAUACGACGCAACUACAGAAGUAAUCCACCGAUGCGAUUCCGGUAUGGAUAUCGAGGAUGAAAAAAGCGCAUGUGAAGCGCUCGUGACAAGCGCCCUUCAUAUGGUUGGUACAACACCGGAAGAUCAUCCAGCCUGCUUUGCAGCGACUGUGAGAAAAGCAGUGGCAACACACAUACUUCAAGCAAAAACCUGGUCAGGAUGGAGCGGCUACAAAGACCUCAACAUCAAAAUGACCCUCGUUACCCAAUACACCAACGAAAAGCAACAAUACCAUUCGCCCACAGCAACACAGACCUUACUGGCCAUAAUCCUCCUCAAGAUUAGAGCGGUUACAUCAAGGGAUGAUGGAGGCCUACAGAACACAAUGAUUAAAUACCGCGUAUUUGACCAUGCACUGUCCGCAAUCCAUUAUUACAAACAAUACCCCAACCAAAUCCUGCGAUUCGAUCAAGAUUUCAUCCAAACGCAAGACCCCGAUGGAACAACACCAAACCAAACCAUCUCGGCCACAGACAAGGCCCAAAACCAACCAAGCCCAACACUAUCACUUCAACGCACAGGACAGAAAAACGCUAUAAACCUGCUUCGCAACCUCAGACGUCUUGACGAAACGUUCAAAGACGACAAAGCUACCCUACUGAAUGACAUAACCGAAUAUACUGUCGAGAUAUCUCAAACAGUCACCCGCGAAGAAGUCGAGAGAGAACUUGAAGAAAUCCUAUAUACACUUGUGGAGGGUAAUUACCCAGAUAAAAGUCUGCUUUCCAACAUAACGUUACCAAAACUGAAGGUCCUUACCCGCGGACACAAAACUCUUGUGAAUCACUGGGCUGUCGACGCAGAUAACAGAACCAUCCAGAAUUGGAAAAACCAGGUGACAGAAGACCUCUCCACCUACACCUGGAAAGAAAUAGAGGUAAAGAAGCUACCUCCAAUGUGGUCGAACCACCCAGCACAAGAAAUAUGGAAACGCGUCUACGACUGGGCAACACACAACACCGACAGCAGCAUCAUCCCAGACCUCAUACUUCUCAAAGAAGUAUUCCGCGACCAGGAAGAACGCGGUGUAGAUAAAGAGUUCCAUCAACAUCUCACUCACAUUACGCACAAACUGGAGAAAAUGUCAUACGCCAUGACGAAACGAGACCAUCUGGUCCAGAACGCUCUCGAAAGCUGCGAGAUUGCGAUCGUGAACAAUGAAAUGGCAUUCCGAGAACUGACAGAAACCAUACCAUUCGAGGAAGAAGCGUACAUGACCAAACCUUCCGAACCAAACACGGAUGCCGACCACACCAAGACAAAGAAGAAUAAGAGGAACAAAAAGUCAAAGAACAAGCAGAAGACAAAGAAUGACGGUACCGCACCAAACAACUCGAAUUGACAGACAAUUGACAUUGUCCAUGGUACACAGCACUGUACAGGUCUGCAAGGCGACCGGGACGGUUCGCUUUUGCGAGGGGGGAACCUGUUGGGUAUGGUGAGGUACCUGACAGUAGUACGAACCGCUGUACAGUGUGUUAUAUAGUGUGGUUGGGUAUACCACACUGUGCAUAACUAGUUCUAAGUAGUAGAUAGCUUAGAUAGAAGAAUCAAGCAUCUUUGACCAUAU